CCAAAACAUUCCAAUAAACUCUUCUCAUCUCUAACAAUUUUCCCCCUUUUCUUCAAACUAAUCCCUAAUUUUCUCUCUCUUCCCUAAAAAUGGAGGCCACAGGAGAAAACCUCACCUUCCUACGCAAAAUCCGUCCACCAAGCUUCGAGGAAGCCGGGUUAGAAGACUGCGCGUUACCUCCAGAAUCCAUCAAAGAAGCCUUCUUCAAAGCAGCCUCCGCCGUUGGCUCCCGCGCCGGCAAUGUUUUCGCCGGCGACAAUGACGAGGUUGAUGGCGGAUGUAUCAGCGAUCCUUGGAUAGAAAAACCUGCGCCGUCGGAUGCGUUGGUGGGGAUCGAACCUGAGAUUAGACCUCCGGGAGCCUGCGCUACCGGAAAGAGCGGCGGUUUUGGUGGAAAUGGUGAGCCGGCGAGUGAUGUGGUGGUGGUUGGCGGAGAGGGCGGCAAAGGUGGUGGAGAUUGUGUGGAUGGGUUAAGGGGGUUGGAGAUUAAGGACAAGAAUGAUGAAGGAGAUAAUGAGGAACAAGAUGAGAAGAAACCAACUUUAGUUGAGGGAUAUUUCUUAAAUCCUUAAAUUUUUAAUUUUCAUUGUAUUUGCAAGCUAUUUUGUAGUAUCUGUAAAUAUAAAAUAAUGUUGUAAAAUGUUUUUGAGUUUUUUGUAACUCAAAAUGAAUGCUUAAUGAUUCUGUUUUUA